UACAUUCAAGAAGCUCCACAUCAUCACAAACUAAUUUUGUACUAAGCUAAACAUGAAGCUGCUACUCUCGAUUUUGCUCAUUGCCCUUUUCGCCAUUCAGGCUUUCUCCGAGGCAAAAUCAGUGAUUGAUGCUACUACUACAACACAUUCUCUCUCUGAGGCCGAGGAUGGUGGAGAAAACUUAGGAAGCCUAAUCAAGAAACAUCACCACCAUCACCAUCACCAUCACCCUCGAACAAUAAAUUGCAGCAACGAAUGUUCUAGAAGAUGCAGCAAAGCGUCGAGGAAGAAGAUAUGCCUACGAGCAUGCAAAACUUGUUGCGCAAGGUGCCACUGCGUGCCACCUGGCACUUACGGCAACAAAGACCUCUGCCCAUGCUAUGCUAGCCUCAGAACUCAUGGAAACAGGCCUAAGUGCCCCUGAAUUAAUUUUAUUAAUUAAUUAAAACCUGGUUUUUUUUUUAAUUUAUUUAUGUGUGCAAAAUAAUUAUUUGUUUGGUUUGUCACAGUUUCUUUGCUGCCAAGAAUGUGUGUAUUGAUUUGGUAAUAAAUUUGUGUGAUGCUUAAUAAUUUGCAUUGUAUAUAUCUCUUUUGAUAUGCAGUGCUGUAUGUGUGAGUGACAAUAUAUAAUAAUCUAUUUCUUUUGUACCAGUUCUUGCAAAUAAAUAAAAUAUUUCUUGCUUA